AUGCGCCCUCGAUUCAUCCCCACUAUUGCCUCCCAAUCGCUGGGACGAGCAUGGUAUCACAGGCUCGAGGACAAACUCGAACUCUGCUCCAAGUACGGGUUCGAGGCGAUCGAGCUCUUUUCCGAGGAUCUCGAGGCCGUCGCAAAUUCAUUGCCCGCAUCACAUCCGCCGCCAGCAGCGGGUACCUCGUUUGUCGGUUCAACAGAGAGGCACGAAAGUCAACUCGCCGCUGCCGACUAUAUCCAUGGACUCUGCGUCCAUUAUGACCUGGAAAUCCUAUGCCUUCAACCGUUCAUGCAUUACGAGGGUCGCGUCGACCCGGCAUCCCACGAGGCCGCGAUCCAAGAACUGAAUUCUUGGAUCAAGCUCGCUCAAAGACUCGGCACAGAUCUGAUCCAGAUACCCUCCAGCUUUCUUCCCGCUUCAGAAUGCACGGGCGAUCGCGGCAGAAUCGUCACGGAUUUAAGGCAGGUCGCUGACAUGGGUCUGCACGCCGAUCCACCCAUCCGGUUCGCAUACGAAGCACUAGCUUGGGGGACGCACGUGGAUAGAUGGGACACAGCGUGGUCGAUAGUCCAGGAAGUGGACAGACCAAACUUUGGCACGUGUAUCGACACGUUCAACCUCGCUGGACGGAUAUUCGCCGACCCAGCUUCUCCGUCAGGGCUUGCUACAGAUGCACACGACAAUAUCCGGGGCUCGAUCGCAAAGCUGAGGGCGGAGCUCCCUCUCGCGCUUGCCAAGGUCUUCUACGUGGAGGUUUGUGACGGGGAAAGACUGGCCGAACCAUUGAUACCCGGCCAUGAGUGGCACGACCCAGACCAGCCAGCGAGGAUGUCGUGGUCGAGAAAUGCACGCUUAUUCCCCUUUGAGGCCUCAGGCUACCUCCCUGUAGUGGAGAUUCUGGAGGCUGUGUGUGACGCUGGGUAUACUGGUCACAUCUCGUUUGAGUUGUUCUCGAGGACGGCGAACCGGCCGGAGAAGCAUGUACCGGAGCGCCAUGCCCAACGUGGUGCCAUGGCUUGGAGGAAGCUGGUGGAACAUAUGUGCUGGGACCAGCAGACGAGUCGACACAGCUCGGACCUGCUGCGUAAUCGUCGGUAG